AUGUCGUCUACAAAUACGACCUCGCAGCGACCAGCACCAAUCGUAGGGCCUUCCACCAUGCCGGACAUCAACAUCAGCCCCAGUGCUGGCGGAGCACAGCCGCCCUCGCGCAAAAAGAUGUACAAGAACUGCGACCGAUGUCGUCAAGCCAAGCGCGCCUGUUCCGCUCAGUACGUCAGCAUUGCCGAGGCGCUCGCUAGCAAAGUCGCCUGCAACAACUGCAAGAAGAAGGGUCAGGUGUGCACCUUCAACAGCCUGAUCAACUCGUUUGGCGGCAUCCCGCUCGGAGGGCUCACUGGCGCCGCGUUCGCAGAGAGCCUGCAAGACGUUGCCAACGCUGCACCUUCGACAUCGACUGCGGACGUUGAGCAGUACGCAGAGGGGGCGAGCACGUCGUAUACUACCGAUAAAAGGAGACGCCACAGCCUGCAGGAUGGCUUUGACGAAUCGCACCUGUCUGCCAUCAGCAACGUCAAUGCCGCCUUCGAGGCGCUCAAUGGGAGCUACUCGAACGAUCAAUCCGACGAAGAACAGAGAGCAGCAAAGCGAAAGAAGGACUCGUCCGAUGCUACAUCAUCCGCAUUCGAAACCUUUGACGAGGUAGCCCAGCCCACAGCAUCGACCAGCUACAGUACCGGCUCUCUGGUUCUCAGCCGCGCACAAUCCCCCUUUGGAUUCGAUCAAUCCGACGCGCCCUCUCUCUUCGACAUGCUCGGCUUCGACAUCUGGGGCACCGCGCCCAACGUCCGCCUCAGCCAUACCGCCGACCGCCUGCACCUCAACUCGGACCUGCUCAACGUCUACGAAGGCGCGGCCGAAUCCGCCUUUCGCAUCUGGGUGACGGACGCCACCACGCCUUACCUGCUAUGUGCCGACUCGCUCUCCCCGUCCUCCGCCGCCAUGGCGCUCAACAAGAAGGUGUGUCUGCUCGACUCUGCCUCGCGUCGCAUCUUUCGUACCGACGAUGCGGCGCGGAAUGUCGAGAAGCGCGUCUCGGAGGCGUACCACGCGGUGCUGCUGGCGUAUGCGGCGCAGUGGCCGCGACAUACCGGCGAGAGGGGCGGGAGACAAGAAGAGGCUCGGGUCAGGUUAUCGCUCUGGAAGCAGGCGAGGGACAAACUCAUGGAUGCCACCGACGCAUGGUCUUUCAGGAUCGUCUUUGCGCUGAUUCUGUUCGCUUGGACGGAGAAGCCGAGGGAGAUGCCGUCGUCAGAAGCGUGGGAUCACGGCACCCAACCCGCUUCGCUGCAGAUUCCGUCGCUGGACGAGAACAGCGCGCUCGACUCGUCAUCGUGGCAGAUCCCGGCGGAGGCAUCGACCAUGAUGCUCGCCACAGCGAUGCGCAAGCUAAAAGCGUUCCGGUUGAAGAUCCAGCAAUUGAGGCGCAAAGGCAUCGAUCUGUGGUCCACCACCGAGCCGCUGGAUGCAGGCCAGGCGGUGAAGCGGCAAGCCGAAGCGACACUCCUCGAAAACACCUACCACAACCUGUACUGGUUCGGCUGUAUGAUGGAUACCGAGCUCUCGGUUCUUCGGAAAUACGAUGCCGUGAUUGGGGACGAAGACUCGGAUCUCACCGACCAACUCCUCUCUCCACAUCGAGCGUCCUCUCUACGACACGAGACGGCCAACUUCCCCACCACCGCCUCUUCGGGAAGCUCUCGCAAGCCCCUGCGUAAGAUCUGGGACGAAGUGAUUCCGGCGAACAGCGUAGCCAACCGUCACACGUUUGCGCGUUCCUGGCCGUGCAGCGAGCCGGAUGCCCUUCGAACCCUUGCCUACGCCACCCCCAUCAAGGUGCUCAUCUUCCGUCACGUCGGUCGACUCCAAUCCUCCUACUGGCGUCAAGCGCCGACGGAACACAUCGAGCGUCAGAUCGCGCAUGUGCUCAGUGUCGUUCGGCAUUGGGAUGAGACCUUCGCGCCCUUUUUCGCCUCGUGCAUCACUCACCAUGCCGACCUGCCUACGUCGAUCCAAUCCUGGCACGUCAUCACGGCGACGAAAUGGAACCUCGCCGCGAUCCUGCUCGUCGAGCUGGUGUCGACCAUGGAGCGCACGGAUCCGUUUGGGGCCACCGAAGCGGUGCUCAGCGAACUGAGACGGAAGGUGUGUCACCAGACGGCAGAGUUGAUCGGCGCGAUCCAGGCAUGUAGUGAAACGGGCGGGGACAUUUUGCACAGCGACCCGUGGCCCGAGAUCUCGAUCCACGGCUUCGCGUGUGUCGCAAAGAGCGAGAUCAAACAGCUCAGCAGCCUCGCGAAGGGGGGAGAGUGGGAUGAGGUGAGAAGGGUCGAGGAGAGAGUGGAGAAGUGUUUGUGGGCGUUGGAGCAGUUGAGCAAUCGGAGCAGUAUGGCGGUGGAUGCGAAGGAGGAGGUGGGAAGGUUGUUGGACGCCCAUUCACCGCUACGACAGGGCGCCCCGGGGACAGGCGCGACACAGGGAGAGGGGAUGGCAGCAGUCAUGACAGAAGACGUGUGGCAGUCGUGUCUCGAGAUCCUCAACGAAGGCGCGAGCGCGGCGGAGUCGGACGGGUGGACCGGAGGAGCAGGCAUCGAGGAGGAGUUGUUUCUUUCGUCGCUGAACAAGACCUCCGAGAGUUUCACCGACGAGAGCUCGUCCAGGGCGAGCUCGAAUCAUUCCCUCUCGCCCCCGUUGACCACAUUAACGCUGGCAAGUCUGGACUAUCCGAGUGCGAUGCUCGACCAGCCGCAAGGAAGGGCGAAGCGCGACGAUGCGUCCGGCGUCGGCGACUUUCAGUUCGGCAUGGGGCUCACGGCGGGCGAUGCGCUCGAUGGCUUCCUGCUGCGCGUCUAG